CACGAUAAUCUGGAGAUGAAGGAUGCAGGGCACAAGUGGCACGACCCAAGUCGACCAUGGCCACCGCCAUAGACCAUCCUCCAGACAACGACCAAGACCAGAGGCAGGGGUGUCGCGUCUCCGCCGGCUCCCGUCCCCAAAAGUUAAACAAGGGAAGGCCGUCGUGCUCGAGCCGCUUGCCAUGGCCGUGGACCCGCCCGCUCCUCCAGACAUCCUCCCUGCUGCUUCGAAGUCCCCCUAUCGCCUCUCCAUGCAAAACGACCAACGUCAAGAUGCCGAGUUCGCGCACUUGGUGCAACUCGCCCAGGCAACUCUUCGAUCUCAGGAUGACGCAGUUGACGCGGCUGCGGCCGUCGCCGCAACCCUUGCCCACGUCGAGCAGCGGCACUACGCAUCGCUGACUCUGCGAAAGCAGCACGUGCACAUCUUGCAACAGCUCGAGCUCGAGUUGGAAGCGCUGGAGCGAACGAUGGGCAGCUCACGACAGCAGUUCAGGAGUAUUGGAAACCAGCACUUGCACGUGAUUGCCGAGCAGUUGCUCCACCAUACACAGCCAUCCUUGACGUCUUCACGUACGGUCUUGGACGAAAGCAGUGUGGCCAUGCAUCUCCGGGAAGCUGGCGCGGCGUACAAGAAGGCCGGGGAUCAGCGACACGAAUGCAUGCCAGUGUUGACGCACAAAGCACACGCCGAUCGAUGCUAUCAAGAGUCCAUCGCGUUAGUUCGGAGGGGCGAUGACUUGGAUGCAGCAGUUGAGCGCAUGGCCGACGCCGCAACCGCAUACGCUUUGUAUCGACAGUCGCCGCUCUUUGAUCAGUGUCAACUCGUGCUGUCCGUGGCGGCGGCCGACGUGGCGUGGUCUCAUAAUGCUCUCAGCGACGCCACCGACAGCUUGGACGAACGCAUCAAGAGCGCGCAUCCCGAUUGCGUCGUAGGAGAAGCUCGAGCGUGCAUGCUGGAAGCUCUGGAAACGGCCAAACAUGGCAUCGUGGCGAACGGUGGCCAAUACGAUUCGACGCUUCUGCAGCACGUGCGCCGAUGCAAUCAAUACAUGGCGUGGUUGGGUCGCCACAGCCCAGCGAUACUCGCUGCCACGGGGGUCACCCCUGCGGUCACGUCGAUGUUGGAAAAGAAAGUGCACAAGGCCAGCAUUGCCCAUAGUUGUCGCGCGCUCCCAACACGUACCGAGUAUGAGUUGGAUCAAUUGAUCGGGCACUGGAUCGCAUUAGCCAAAGCCGACGUCGACUUGGCGACUGUGCUCGUGACAGAGUCGGCGUUGCAACAAGCUGCGGCCGCAGCUCUACAUGCAGCGCAGGACACGCACUUCCCUGCGCUGUUGGUACUGAGUGACACACUGAUCGCUGCGCUAGGAGGUAUUGCAUUCGUUGGGACACAUUUGCCCCUCGUCACUCCAUUUUGUGUGUGAGGUAGCUUCGAUGCCAGCCGCGUUCACUUCAUCCUGGCUUCAAUUGCUCUGCCAAAUGACCACCGCCUCUAUGUCCAACGUCGCCAUCAUCCCGACCUUGCUGCGCCAUCUCAAGCAGCUGCUGACGUCUAAACAGCUCGUGCACGUUGUCACGAAAGCCGGGUUCGUGGCGUUGGUCCAAGUGCUGCGCGACGGAAUGCUUGGCCACCAGGACAUUAUGCGCUCGGUCGUCGAAGUCGUCGCCGCCUGCAUCGCUCUGCAUCCCAAGUGUUUCAACGAUGAGGCUCACCACCGCAUCGUUGUGCCUUGCUUCUGCGCCGUCUUACUUCGAUACGCGAAAACGCCGCCAUUGGUCGCGGAAGCUAUCCCAGUUCUCAUCUCCCUCUUUGCCAACAGCAACCUGCCAGCCUCCAAGGCUGCCGAUUGCCAACUGGUCAGCGCCUUCGUGCCGGCGCUGGCUUCGUGUGGCCCGCCAUUACGCAGCAGUGCAUUGCAGCUAUUCCGAGACUUGGCUUCAGCCGACAAGCGCGUGUUGGCGCAAUGUCGACAACAUCGCACAGUCCUCCUGGCUGCGUUCUCGCAGCUCCCACCCGACGAUCCGAUGUUGGACUUUGCAGAUCAGCUCAAGGCAUAACAUUCGUAUCCAUGCGACGCAUGAUCUGCUGCCCACGGAGGACCAGAGUUAUGGCGUUGUCCAUUAUAUUGCUGAGGCUUGCUUGCCCGUGUGAUGUGCUUUGAUUUUGGCCGUGAGCUGCUCGAGGGCCAGGCGCAGUGUAUUGGCGUGAUCGUGAACCGACCGGAGGACGGCCUCGCUCUUUGCCGACGCUUCGAGGGACUCUGCCUGCAUGAGCGCUGUGAGAAUGGACGACGAUUGCGCCAUCAAACUGCCGAGGGAAGUCGAGUCUUGCGCAUCUGGCGGUACGGGUUUCAGGGCAUCGACCGGCAUAACUCGGGCAUGUGGUGCGUGGGGCGUUUGCUCUGCACACGGAGCGUGGCAAGACGUUGGGUUCGGGUGGUUCCGUAGCCGUGAUGUGACGCUGUCGAAUAACAAUUGCCCAUUGCGAGAUGACAUAUCGGACUGAUGAGAAUUGUAAAUAUCCGAUGCGCCGACGGCCAAGCGCCGCACGCGCAACUGGUGGUCGUCCAGAACGUGGCAAUGGCCGUGAUUCGCAGAGUCCCAUUGAGCCAUGAUCCGCGCUUUGGACUCGACAGUGAUCGCCCACGUUCGCGUCGCUUUGACCUUCGUCGCGUUGAAACUGAACGGACAGUCCAAACGUUUGCUUUUGGAGCGUCGUGUCUUGACCCCGUCCCUCUUUGGUGUCGGUCGACCGCCAAGGUCGCAGCGGUACUUUUCUACAUCAACGGAGCAACGUAAUAACGAGGAUGGGGCG